CUCUUGGUCUCUGUCAGUCGCUCAGCGGUCAGCCGUCGCAGCACAUCGUCUAGCAUGGCAGCAGAGGUCUCGCGCAGGUCUGCAGAGCCUGUGCUUGCAGACGAUGAUGAGCAGGUCAUCGACCUCGGCCGGUCUGAGCAAGCUCAGCCUGAACCUCUCGCAGCGGCAUCAGAUCUCGAGCUGGGCCAGACAGCACCGACAGAAGGAGGGACGCAGCCAGCAGAGCCUCUCGUGAAGCGCAAACGAGUCAUAGAUGAUGAGCAGUCUGUCAAGCGGAGCAAGCGCAUGUUUGGCGUCGUCAUGGGCACCCUCAGUAAAUUCAAGGAGGAUACCUCAAAGACGACCAAGGCGACCCAGAAACGCAGCGACUUUGAGCAACGACUGGCUGACAAGCUCAGAGCCGAAGCCCAAGAGCUUGCUGAGCGAAACGAACGCGCAAAGCGCAAGCGGAUACUGAAGAGUGCUGUCACUGCAAAAGAGCUCGAGUAUGACCUCAUCAGAGCAGCAUAUACCCGUCAGAACUCAGAUCUCAUCAGUCUAGCCGGCUUUCUGUGCGCGUCAGCUCCAAAGGCGAGUUCGAGCGAAAGGUAUCUGCUCCGGCCGGCUCCCAUGCCGUCGCUUCCCCAAGCAACCGUCUUAUCGUCAGACAGCGUGGCUAUGUACUACUUACCGAAAAAGCUGCUGCCAGCGCAGCAGGAGAUCAUCGACAAGCAGAAAGCCGAGGCUGCGCGGCUGGUCGAGGAAUGUCGAGCAGCCUGGGCGACAGAAGAUGCAGAGCGAUCAGCAGAACUCGAAAAGCUCAAGCAAGAACGCUCAGAGGGUCUGGAGCAGAUUGCAAAGGAAGAAGCUGCCAUCAGCGUCAAGCAGAACAAGUCACAGAAAGACGCGGGUCAGCCCGUCCGUAAUCCUGACAGCGCCCCGCCUGUCAAGGCUGAAGACGUAUCAAAUGCAAUACAAACCGACGAGAAGAGCCCGAUCGACAGCGAGAAGACAGUCGGCACUGCCUGA